AUGCAUUCUUCGCCCCGUGCUCGUGCGUCCCCGUCUGUUUCGGGCUCGACGCCUAGCUCCCUAAACGACUUGUUCGUUCCCCCCUCGCCUGUGCCCGACCGGUCCCGGAAGAGCGCGCGCCUGGCGUCCCAGGAUGCUGGGUCCGUCCGCACCUUCCUCGCGGCCCGCGGCGUUGUGCCAGAUGACUUUCUCCUCGUCGAUCCCCCCGCGGACGGCUCCGGGGACUCGCUCCGCAGGCUGAAAUCGGCCUUCUCGGCCUUCGGGGUCCCCCUGUCCGAGGAGAAGACUGUGGGCCCUGCCACCGCCCUGGAGUUUCUCGGUAUCCGCCUCGACACGCGCGCCAUGGUGUCCUCCCUCCCGCUGUCGCAGUCUGCCCUCACAAGGAAGCAAUCCUUUUACUUCUUCGUGUUCAACUUGCGGUUAAUAGUUAAUAUCAAGUCUUGA